AUGCCACUACUAAUCUCAGCGUCCCAGAGACCAUUUAGCCUACCGAGGAAGCGUAUCUGGAACCAGCCAGGAACUGAAACUAGUGUUUUUUCGUCUUCUAAGAGUGAGAGUGAUUCUCCGUCAAGAGGCGCUCCCGGGUAUAGGAGUGGCAGACAAAAAAUCGACAUGGGACCUUUUACGAAAACUUUCCUUCCACUGGUGUUCCUCCUCCAAGUACUGACUCACGCGGAGGGCGAGGUGACUCUCGUAAACAACGUCUACGAAGGACUGGUGGUGGCUCUCGACCCGAACAUCCCGCUGACGUUGAAGAUAGACCAGGAGGCGAUAAUUGAUAGUGUCCAGACUGUGCUGACGAAGGCUUCGGAGGCAAUUUACGCUGCAACAGACUCCCGCGCGAGGCUUGGCUUGGUCACGAUUGUGAUUCCGAGGUCCUGGACGGUCAUUGCAAUGACAGAUGCAUCAGGACGAGAAACAUGGUCCGAAGCCCAGGUGCGCGUGGUGACCGAGGGGCGCUACGGCAACAUCCCCCGGGCAGAGCAGGGGGGUCGGUGUGGGGUCCCUGGCGCUUGGCUAGAGUUGCCAUUGCAGUUCGCGCAAGACCCAGCCAUUCAGGCACGCUACGGCAAUGCAGGCAAGGUGAUUGCACAGGAAUGGUUAAAAUACCGCUACGGAGUGUUCGAGGAGCACGGGUACCCUGGGGACGAACGCUACCCGCACGCGUACCUCGACGUGCUGAGCAAUACGACGCGGGUCACAGGUUGCACCGACCAUGACUUGUUGCAAGGAGAGUGGGUUGACAGCACUGGCAUGGAGUGUGACCCUUUGGCGACGGAUGUUACCAAGCCCGACUCUGACUGCCGAUACCGGGCUAAUAGUACCACCAGCGACGCCUCAAUGAUGUUCCUUUCCCACUUAGACUCCGUGACACGCGUCUGUACAUCCCAGACACACGACAGCCUCGCCCCGACACGGCAGAACCGCCUGUGUCACGGUGCCAGCGUGUGGGACGUCAUGGGACAGCAUGUCGAUUUCGCUGAUGGCAACAACCCCCCAGGAGGAGGCAGCGGCGAAGCAACUCCCACAUUCCGUACCGUCAAGACCACCAACCCCGCUGUUUUCUUGCUACUCGACGACAAUUGUGGAGUAGAGAAAACAGGAGUAGACUGCCAAGGACUCAUUGUGUACAACGCCUUGAAGCCAGUAAUCGAAGGGCUGUUUGACCAAGACAUCCCGUACCUUGGUAUCGGGAAGUACAGGGAAAAGCUAUCUGCUAUUUACAAAAACAAUGUCUUGCUAAAGACGGAAUCUAUUGACAAGAAUGACUUCCUGGACUUCGUUCCUUACGCCCCGAGAAAUGACUAUGUUACCCAGCCGGAACUUGCGUUGGAAAAGGUCCUCGAUGCUCUCAACACUUUUACAGAAUACACGGGCGAAGUGAACAUCCUGUUGGUGCAGAUGAUCAAUACCAAUGAUCCCGGAACAAGCUACCCGUCACUGAUUUCGGAGAAGGUGAAAGUGACCAGUGUUCUUUACGGCUUCGAAAAUUACAACAGCUGGUUGCCCGAACUCGCUGCCUCAACAGGAGGGACAUUUUCCAUCAGCCCCACCUAUGACCCUAUGUACGCGAGACAGGCACUCAUCGGCCUCGAACCGGAUCCCACGGAAGUUACACUCCUUCGCCAGACUAAAUCACUGGAAUCUGCAGUGACAGUGCCAGUGCUUGUAGAUUCGUCCUUGGGACUUGCGACCUAUUUUUAUGCCAACUUUUCGGCGUCAGCAGUGAGUUUCACACUCAUCAGCCCGGCAGGAAAUGAGAUGGAGAUUCCUUCGCCUUAUUCUCAUACUGUGAAUGAUGCUGAAGCUGGCACUUGGAUAAUGGUGCUGAACAGUACAGAAGGCGGGACAGUCGACAUCCUGGUGACCUCGAAUCGCCGUGGGACCGUUAACGACGUGGAAGUCAAAACCUGGACGUCUGCUUCCAGCCAGGGCAACCAGGACUUGGCCACCAGCGGCCUGACCUUCUACGUCUCUGUCACGCAAGGGAAUAUGGCCGUAAAAGGGCUGCAUGUCACGGCCGCCUUCUACUCGGGAAAAUCCGCCGCGGACAAAGUAUAUGUGACUUUAAGCGAUGACGGUUAUGGCGACCCUGACAUCCAACUUCACGACGGCAUAUACUCUGGUUACGUCACGGACUUCGGCUCACACUCGUCCAUCACAGCUGACUUAUAUGCUGACGUCACAGUCGAGCCCUCAACCGCCUCACCUGCACCUCCUCCUGUGGGAAGCAGGGCUCUGCCCCAAGACCCAUUCGAUGAAGUACCAUGCUGUGGGUCUGUUGCUUCUGGAGCCGUGAGCCUCGAGGUAAAUAGAUUCAUCACUGGCGCGACAACGGUCACCAUCCUCAACGGUCCUUCAUUUGGUACAUAUGACCCGCCUCCGAGUAGGAUUGAGAGCUUGGUGUCCGUGGCAGUGGAUCAGGAUGGGCCAGUGAUCGAGGCUGGCACUGUCAAAGUUACACUGAAUUGGAAUGCCCCGGGAAAGGAUUUUACGCAGGGAAAAGUAUCACGGUAUGACAUCUGGUACAGCGAGACCCUGGAGGACCUUAUAAGCGACCCCGAGUCGACGACUAAAGUAGAAGACUCCCAGUACGAAGGAGGGCCACCGACACCCUUGGAGUAUGGAGGCGAGCAAACAGCAGUGGUUCUCUUGCCGAAGUUGGUGGAUCAAGACACACGAUACUUUAUAACGGUUGUCCCAGUAGAAAUCAGGGAUGGCGAUGAACAAAAGGGAGACCCGAGUUCGCCAGUUAGUGUUAUGGUAACCUCUGGCAGCCCUUUCACCACCACUCCUGAACCUACAACCACAACUACAUCCACCACUACGACCACUCCUGAGCCUACAACCACUACUACGACCACUCCUGAGCCUACAACCACCACUACAACCACUCCUGAGCCUACAACCACAACUACGACCACUCCCGAGCCUACAACAUCUACCUCAACAACCCCAGAUAGUACCACCAUCGAGUCCACAACAGCUUCAACUGCCAAUCCAACCACAAUUUCAACCUCAACCGCUGAUCCUACCACAGCUUCAACCUCAACCGCUGAUCCUACCACAGCUUCAACCUCAACCGCUGAUCCUACCACAGCUUCAACCUCAACCGCGGAUCCAACCACAGCUUCAACCUCAACCACUGAUCCUACCACAGCUUCAACCUCAACCACUGAUCCUACCACAGCUUCAACCUCAACCGCGGAUCCAACCACAGCUUCAACCUCAACCACUGAUCCUACCACAGCUUCAACCUCAACCGCUGAUCCUACCACAGCUUCAACCUCAACUGCUGAUCCAACCACAGCUUCAACCUCAACCGCUGAUCCUACCACAGCUUCAACCUCAACCGCGGAUCCAACCACAGCUUCAACCUCAACCGCUGAUCCUACCACAGCUUCAACCUCAACCGCCGAUCCUACCACAGCUUCAACCUCAACCGCUGAUCCUACCACAGCUUCAACCUCAACUGCUGAUCCAACCACAGCUUCAACCUCAACCGCUGAUCCUACCACAGCUUCAACCUCAACCGCGGAUCCAACCACAGCUUCAACCUCAACCGCUGAUCCUACCACAGCUUCAACCUCAACCGCUGAUCCAACCACAGCUUCAACCUCAACUGCUGAUCCAACCACAGCUUCAACCUCAACCGCUGAUCCUACCACAGCUUCAACCUCAACCGAUAGUCCAACUACAGCUGAUCCAUCUACAACUUCAUCAAUCUCUGCUUCAGUAACGCCUUCCAUUAUUCCUUCCACAGCAUCGUCACCAGCCACCCCUACCACAACUUUGCAAUCAACUGCCAGCUCUACCACAGCUUCUUCAUCAACUGCCGACCCAACCACAGCUUCGUCAUCAACCGCCGACCCAACCACAGCUUCGUCAUCAACCGCCGACCCAACCACAGCUUCGUCAUCAACCGCCGACCCAACCACAGCUUCGUCAUCAACCGCCGACCCAACCACAGCUUCAUCAUCAACCGCCGACCCAACCACAGCCUCUACCUCCAGCUUCAGCUCUAGCACAGCUUUGUCAUCAACUGCAGACCCAACCACAAUCUCUACUUCCAGCUUCAGCUCUACCACAGCUUUGCCAUUAACCUCUACUUCCUUAACACCUUCCCAUACUCCUACAACAGGUCCUGCUAUAACCUCAACUAGCUCUCCAAUGAGCAGUGAAUCCACUCAGCCAACGGAUCCAGGGUCACAAGGCUCGACUCCGACAGCCGGUCCAUCAACAGAAGGGACUACUUCCGGUCAAGAUGAAGAUGACGGCUUCGUCGGUUCCGUCGGCUUCUGGGUUAUCAUCGGCGUUGCAAGCGCAGCCGUACUCGCUGUUGCCGCCAUUGCAGUGUUCUACAUGGUGAAGAAAAGAGGAAGCGGCGGCAGCAUGUCGAUGGACAAGCAGAAACUCACCUCGACGUCCCCAACACCCGCUGACGCCGAGAGAGGCAUUUCCUCUCCGGUGUGUGAGGCUCCUCCCCCUGCAGAGCCUAGUCCCGCUGAGCCCAUGGAGGUUAUCAAGGAGAGUCCUGAGGCGGAGGACUCGGAUGACAGCGAUGACCUUUAUACCAAGUUGUGA